GGCCCGGAACUAACAGAUGCUCUACGCCAAGAGCGUUGACCGAACGUUCUCAGGGGACCGAGUACGCAGGCCAAGCGCAAACUUUCUGCAAGUGGAACUUGGGCACCCGGGGGGAAACCUACAUACAGAGCUACUGGAGAGGAGGGGGCGCGAAGCGAAAGCACGGGCGGUCUGGAGCACAGGGGCGGUUCCCCGCUGGGCCCAGAGCCUGAACCGGAGCCAAUCGCGCAGCCGAGACAGCUGCCAAUCACAAGGCUCCCUCCAAUCCCACCCGUGCCAUUUCCAAAAACUCGGUCCCACUGUGCAGCUCAAAUGUGGUGUUCACUCUGCCAAUCGCUGGAGGAUAGAAAGGGGACAAGAAUAAGCAGUUAGGAGGCCAGGACACAAGAAGUUAAAGAGCGCCUAAUAUAUACAUGUUUUUGAAGGCGGGCAGAGGGGAAAAAAGUGCCCCCAGAGAGGGUCUAUGGGCCUGAUUGUAUAGUUAUGAUGGAGCCCCCUUUGAGCAAGAGGAACCCGCCAGCGCUGAGAUUAGUGGAUUUGGCAACGGCUCAGGCCCAGCAGCUUCAGAAUAUGACAGGAUUCCCGGUGCUGGCCGGCCCGCCCGCCCACUCCCAACUCCGUGUCGUCGCCGCGCAUCUCCACCCGCGGGACCCAGACACUGACCCCGGCGCGGCCAGCACUGCGCUCGGACCCGAGCACAUGGCACAGGCCAGUGGGCACGGCCCCAACCCUCCCGCUCAGGCGCUCCAGGGACAGCCCCAGGCUCCCGCGCCCGCCGCCCGCUCGGCGGCCUCAGGGGCGCACCCGGGCGCCCGAACCCACCCCGACGGCGGGGGCAGCAGUGGCGCGCAGGCCUCGGCGCCCCCGCCUCCAGCCCCUCCUCUUCCUCCCUCCCAGUCCCCCUCUCCCCCUCCCCCGCCUCCUCCUUCUGCCCUCUCGGGCUACGCCGCCACUGUUGGCGGCAGCAGCGGCAAAGGCCACAGCAGGGACGUCGUCCUCCGGAGGGACCUUUCCGCCACGGCCCCCGCGGCGGCCAUGCACGGGGCCCCGCUCGGAGGGGAGCAGCGGUCCGGCAGCAGCUCCCCCCAGCAUCCGACCCCGCCUCCCCACCCAGCCGGGAUGUUCAUCUCGGCCAGCGGCACCUACGCGGGCCGGGACGGUGGCGGCCCCGCGCUCUUUCCCGCGCUGCACGACUCUCCGGGGGCUCCUGGCGGCCACCCGCUCAACGGCCAGAUGCGCCUGGGGCUGGCGGCCGCUGCUGCGGCAGCGGCCGAGCUGUACGGCCGCGCGGAGCCACCCUUCGCUCCGCGCUCAGGGGACGCGCACUACGGGGCAGUGGCGGCAGCCGCGGCCGCUGCCUUGCACGGCUACGGAGCCGUGAACUUAAACCUGAACCUGGCUGCGGCCGCGGCAGCCGCGGCGGCCGCGGGGCCCGGGCCCCACCUGCAGCACCACGCGCCGCCCCCGGCGCCACCGCCAGCGCCCGCGCCGCACCCGCACCACCCCCACCUCCCGGGGGCGGCCGGGGCCUUCCUGCGCUACAUGCGGCAGCCAAUCAAGCGGGAGCUCAUCUGCAAGUGGCUGGACCCUGAGGAGCUGGCCGGGCCGCCGCCCGCGGUCAGCGGCGCCAAGCCCUGCUCCAAAACUUUCGGCACCAUGCACGAGCUGGUGAACCACGUCACUGUGGAGCACGUGGGCGGCCCGGAGCAGAGCAGCCACGUCUGCUUCUGGGAGGACUGUCCGCGCGAGGGCAAGCCCUUCAAGGCCAAGUACAAGCUCAUCAACCACAUCCGCGUGCACACCGGCGAGAAGCCCUUCCCCUGCCCGUUCCCGGGCUGCGGCAAGGUCUUCGCGCGCUCCGAGAACCUCAAGAUCCACAAGCGCACUCAUACAGGGGAAAAGCCUUUCAAAUGUGAAUUUGACGGCUGCGACAGGAAGUUUGCCAAUAGCAGUGAUCGAAAGAAGCACUCCCAUGUCCACACCAGCGACAAGCCGUACUACUGUAAGAUUCGAGGCUGUGAUAAAUCCUAUACCCACCCGAGCUCUCUGAGGAAGCACAUGAAGGUCCACUGCAAGUCCCCCCCACCUUCUCCAGGAGCCCUUGGGUACUCAUCAGUGGGGACUCCGGUGGCUGACACUUUGUCCCCUGUGCUGGACCCAACCAGGAGUCGGUCCAGCACUCUGUCCCCUCAGGUGACCAACCUCAAUGAGUGGUAUGUUUGCCAGGCCAGCGGGGCCCCCAGCCACCUCCACACACCUUCCAGCAACGGAACCACCUCUGAGUCUGAAGACGAGGAGAUGUACGGGAAUCCUGAAGUCGUGCGGACGAUACAUUAGAAUGAUUAUUAAUAAGUGAGAUAGGAAGUGGGGAGUCCUUGGACCGUAUCCUAACCUGAGACAAUGCGGAGCCUGAGACAAGCUGGUGACUCAGACUUGCAACCGGGUCUAAUUAGCCCUAUUUAUUCAGUAUGAAACCCUAUGGUGUUUAUACAUUUAAUUAAUUUAAUUAAGAUAUUUGGGGUUUUUUUUCCUCUUUCUCUUAAAAAAAG